AUGUCCGAGUCCGACUCGUCCUGCAUCGAUGCCCAUGGUCUCGACACACAUCUUCACCUUCGGAUUGCCUCUGUCUUCAUCAUCCUCGCCUGUGCGACGACUGGGACUCUCUUUCCUGUCCUGGCUCGGAGAUCGAAAUGGCUGCAUGUUCCAAAAUUUGUGUUCGACUUCGCCAAAUACUUUGGAUCUGGCGUCAUUAUUGCGACAGCCUUCAUACAUCUACUAGCCCCUGCCCUUGAAGCCCUAUCCUCUCCUUGUUUGUCCCCGGCAUGGGCGGAAUAUCCCUACGCUCUGGCAUUAUGCUUGCUAAGCAUAUUUUCCAUCUUCAUCGUCGAACUUGUUGCCUUCCGAUGGGGAACUGCAAAACUGGAUAGUAUAGGCCUGCGUCAUGACCCCCAUGGACAUCAUACUGGUUCACAUGCUGCUCACGGCCCGGAAGGCACCCAAACGCCUCCGAGCGACGUUGAGGAGGCGCUACAAAAGCCACAGCAGCACCAUCACCAUCUCGGUGACUCCGCGAGCGCCCAAAUCGUGGGCAUCGCCAUACUCGAGUUCGGUGUAUUGUUGCAUAGCGUUCUGAUUGGCUUGACCCUCGCUGUAGACGAGAAGUUUAGGAUUCUUUUUAUUGUCAUCGUCUUCCAUCAGACUUUUGAGGGACUGGGGCUCGGCUCUCGUUUAGCUUUCAUCAAAUUACCGCCGAAGUACAACUGGGUCCCCAUUCUCGCAGCUUGCGUCUUUGGCGUCAGCACGCCUGUUGGCAUUGCUGUCGGUCUUGCUGUCCGGUCCUCAUAUGAUCCCGGCAGCGCAACAGCCUCGAUCGUCAGUGGGAUUUUGGAUUCACUGAGUGCCGGAAUCUUAAUUUACACUGGUUUGGUCGAGCUGCUCGCCCAUGAGUUUUUGUUCAGCAAGGAGAUGAUGAACAGCUCCAACGGCAACCUCGUCUACGCUAUCGGGACAAUGCUACUUGGAUGUGGGCUCAUGGCCCUGCUCGGGAAAUGGGCAUAA